AUGCAGAUCAAAGACGAACGAGCCCUAACAUUCCCUGGUAAGCUAAAGGGAGAUCCCAGCAAGAGGCUAAGGGACAAGUAUUACCACUUCCAUCGUGACCACGGGCACGACACAACCAACUGCUACGAUCUGAAACAGCAGAUUGAGGCUUUUAUUAGACAAGGGAAACUACAGAGGUUCGUCCACAAGGAAAGAACUAAUCCUCCCCAAGAGCAAGCCCCACGACGGGAGAACGAGCGCCCUCAACCACCUAUAGGGGACAUAAGAAUGAUUAUAGGGGGCAUAAUUGCUGCCGGAUCUUCCAAAAAAGCCCAUAAAACCUACCUCAGAAUGGUCCAAAGCAUCCAACUUACAGGGUCCGUACCUAAAAUGCCACGAAUAGACAACCCCAUCAUCGGAUUUUCAGAAGAUGAUGCUCGAAGACUUCACCAUCCGCAUGACGACGCACUUGUGGUCAGCUUGCAAAUAAAAGAUUAUAACAUGCAUCGGGUCCUUAUCGACAACAGCAGCUUAGCGGACAUCCUAUACUACCCAGCAUUCUAG